AUGGGCGCUUCGUCCGCUCCUAUGGAUAUUGGCAAGGGCAGCUACCUGUCCACGCCUUCUUACGACUCCAGUUGCGCCUUUCCCAGCUGGCCACGGCGGUCUUCACUCUCCGAGUCCAGCUGCGAGUACAGGGCUACUUCGUUCCUGUCCGACGAUGACCUCUUCCCCCAGGACGUCUUCGAGGACGACGCACAGAGCAUUGCUAGCAGCUCUAGCACCGCUUCACCACAGCCCGGAUCGCCCCAGAUUAUGACCGAGGCCGACCUGCUCGAGAUGCAGCGGGAGCGCAUGGCUGCCCAGCGCGAAGUUAUGCGCUUGAUCAUGAGCGAGAAGGAGCGCAGGCGGCAGCAAGCAAAGCGACGAGGCUCUUCGGGUUCCAAGAAGAGCCCAAAGAGCAAGCUCAGCUCUAUGACACCGAUCACUGAGACUGGAGAGUAG